AUGGAUUCAGACACCACUGGAGCGAUAGCGCCGCCGACACAACACCCAGAUUUCUGGUUCCACGACGGAUCCAUUAUUUUCUCUGUCCAAAACACCUUGUUCCGCGUCCACCAGACAGUCCUAUCUAACCACUCGGAAUGCUUUGCUGGUCUUUUUACAGUACCUCAGCCAUCAGGAGAGGCCGUCGUCGAUGGGUGUCACGUCGUACCGCUCUACGACGACAAAGUCGAAGAUGUCGUGGAUCUGUUAAAGGCAGUUUACCACCCAUCCCAUUUUGACAACCUCCCUCAAGAAGCAGAGCUCGACCCCCUGCUGGACUUUAUAUCAGGCAUCCUCCGCCUCAGCACCAAAUACCUCUUCCAUUCCCUCCGGCACCGCUGCAUCUCCCUCCUCUCAUCCAAAUUCCCCACCUCAUUCGCGGCGUACAAGAUGAAAGCCGCUCUCAGGGCUUACGAACCUAUCAAAUCCGACGCCAUCAUGCGCGUCAUCAACCUCGCUUACGAGAACCACGUCCUCCAACUUUUGCCCUACGCAUACUACUGCGUCGCGCGUAUGGGCGGCCGGAGGGUACUCACGCGCAAAGAAGGCGAUAUAGACUGGGAAACGAAGUCUAAGUGCCUCGUUGGCAGGGAUUGCCUCCGGUUGGCAGUGAUGAAGAUGACCCAUUCGUUCCUAUUCAAUUUUCGUCGUUCCCCGUGGUGUCGGUCUCGGCUGUGCGCGUAUGCAAGAGGCCCUUAUGCGGAGUGGCACGCGUUGGAAGCUGAAGACCCGUUGGACCCGCUUAGGCAGUAUACAAGGUGGCAUGAGCUUCAUGUCUGUCGGGAGUGUGUGGCGUACUGUCAGUUGCGGCAUUCGGUAGGUAGGCAGAAUAUGUGGAAUAAGUUGCCUAGUUUCUUUGGGAUGUCGACGUGGGCUGAGUUGAAGUCGAUCCAGGAUGCGUAGAUGU